UUCUGAAAGUACUGGAAAAGCCGUUUCCUCGCACUAUUUUCUCGUAAAGUACACGUCCUUGAGUUACUACAACAAUAUUUUUGUCUAACUUCCUUGUUGUGACUUAUAACAUGAAGUAGUAUUUGAAUUAUUAGUAUUAUAAACAUUGCAGUGCGUUUUCCGACGUUUAUAUUUGACCUUCAAAUUGCGUCUGGAAAUGGUUUAGGGGUGAUCAAGAUUCACGGAAACGUGUUGGUUAUAUCGCUUGCUGGUUUUAUUUGCUGAAUUAUUAUGCGUUCUCUCGCUGCGGUGCACGGGGCCGAUCCCUUGCCGGAGCUAGGGCUGCCGUCGAGCAUCCAACACCAGGGGGACGGCAACCCAGACGACAUGGCGGGCGCACAAGACACCAUCUACCUGUGCAACUUCCGCGUCUCUGUAGACGGCGAAUGGCUGUGCCUAAAGGAACUACACGAUAUGGAAAUGCAGGACUCCUACAUUCGCCCUGAGUCCACCGCAAUUACAUCGCCAGACGAUCCCAUGCAUUCCUUAAUGGCUCGAGAUCCGGUGGUCAUUGAACGCAGUAAUCUAGUGAACAUCUCAAAGUUGAUCGUGAAGGAGCUGAUUGAACAAUCGCUGCGCUAUGGAAGGAUGCUCGACAGCGAUCACUUGCCGCUGCAUCACUUCUUCAUCGUCCUCGAACACGUUAUGCGUCAUGGCCUCAAACCUAAAAAGGGAUUACUUGGCCCCAAGAAAGAGCUGUGGGAUAUACUCCAAAUGGUGGAGAAGUAUUCCCCAGAGGCGGCUGACAUCACCGCCAGCGUCAGAGACUUGCCCACUGUCAAGACGGCUAUGGGCCGCGCCAGAGCCUGGUUAAGGUUGGCGCUGAUGCAGAAACGUCUGGCUGAUUACUUGAGGAUCCUAUUGGAACAUCGCGAGGAAACCUUAGAGGAAUACUUCGAGCCGCAUGCCCUAAUGUUAAACGAAGAAGCUGUUAUCAUCACCGGUCUACUGGUUGGCCUUAAUGUCGUGGAUUGCAACUUAUGUGUGAAGGAAGAAGACCUGGACAGUCAACAGGGCGUGAUAGACUUCUCACUGUACUUGCGAGGCAGUAACUCGUCUCACGACUUAGCUAGCAGCGGAAACAACGCCAACACCGAGCCCAAACAACGCCACAUCAACACCAUGCUCGAUCAGAAGAACUACAUCGAAGAACUGAAUAGACACCUCAAUGCAACAGUAGCGAAUCUUCAAGCCAAAGUAGAGGGUCUGACGACAACCAACGCUCUCAUGAAGGAAGACCUGGCCAUAGCCAAAAACAGCAUGAUUCAGCUGGUCGAGGAAAACAACCAACUCAAACAUGCUUUAGGUCAAGAUUUAACCAAAGACAGUAGGAUGAAAGUGACGGAAUUGCAGUCCGACGAAGAGGAAAAACGUAGCGUCAAAAGUACAACAUCAGAUAAAUCUAAGAAUGAAAAGGACAGCGAAUCUGGAAAGCAAUUGGAGGAAGAGAGAAAGAAGAAUAAUGAAUUACAAAAAGAGUUGGAUUUGCAGAUUUCGCUCAAAGCAGAAAUGGAAGUAGCCAUGAAACUUUUAGAGAAGGACAUACAUGAUAAACAAGACACUAUAAUAUCCCUUAGGAGGCAGCUAGAUGACAUAAAAUUAAUCAACUUGGAAAUGUACAAAAAAUUGCAGGAAUGUGAAAGUUCUUUGAAACAUAAAACAGAGCUAAUAGCCAAAUUGGAAGCAAAGACUGAGUCAAUGGGAAGCACGAUCCAUCAGCUCGAUGAGAAGUUACAGGAUGACAAAGCAGCUAGGAAAGAUUUGGAGGAGACUGCCCGGUCGCUGGGGCAGAAGGCGGCGACGGCGGAGAGCAGAGCUGUGGCAGCGGAGGGAGACCUCCGAAUAGAACGCGAGUGGAGAAUAUCUUUACAGGAAUCAAUGGUUCGAGAUCGAGACAAAAUAUCAAUGCUGACGCAAGAAGUUGAAUCCCUAAAAUCUAUUGGACAGAAAUACCUCGCGUUACAAGAGGAGCAGCACGUACUCAAGACACAAUACAGCGAGGCACAGAAGACGCUAGAAGAAGUUGGCGCUACACUGAGUGAGAACAAGUUGCAACUGCAAGAACUACUGGAGAAAGAAGCGGCGCAAGCGGUGGCCGACGACACGCCGACGUGGACGAGUGAUAAAGACGCCACGGCCUGCACUGCUUGUACUAAGGAGUUCACUAUCGCCAGACGAAAGCACCACUGUCGACGAUGCGGACACAUAUUCUGCGGAGCAUGCAGCGAGAAGACUGUAGCGCUCACUGGCAACACCAAACCCGUUCGAGUGUGCGACGCUUGCUUCGCCGAAGUACGACUAACGUAGUAGUUAGAACAGUUAUAGAAUUCAUACUUAGUACCUGCAAAAUGAGAAUGUUCAUAACGUAAAACAUAAACAGCCUAUUAUACAGUCCCAGAGACCUCAACUCAAGGAGGAGGGAGCAAACUCCACCACGCUGCCUCAGAUUCUGCCACGCCGCUCCACUGCGGGUAGGUGGAGAAAAUUUUAUUAUUUAGCAGUAGAGGUCUCUGGCCAUGGCCCGACUGCCGAGUAAAUAGGGCAUUUGGCCUAAUUCAAAUAUUAAGUAAUUUUGCUCUAAUAGAAGUAUACCUAAUAGAAGAAUUAAAUAAUUCAUGAUAUGGUAAAUGGAAAAUAAUAACUGCACCAAAUAAUUUAACUCUACAUACCUAAUGUUCAAUUCCAAUUGUUCAAUUCCAACAGAAUUAAAUCUAGAUAUAAAAUACUUAGCUAGAAAAAUACUGUAAUAAAGAACUGUUUAUUUUUAUGAAUUCAAACGGAUAUGUAAAUUAGUUUGUAAGCUAUGAACUUUAUUAAUGUAUAAACAAUCAUAGCUAUAAUGUAAUGUUCACGUGUGAAAUGUACCGCCUACCCCUGCGAUACGGGGUACGAAUCGUGCACGACGCGGUAAAUAUAGUGGCCUUGGACCAGUAGACGUACGUUUAAUAUACGUAGAGAGCAUUCGCUGCGUCUAUUCGUCGAAAACCGUAUUAUUUGUUGCAUCGCGCGCGAUACCAUAAUAUUCAACAGGAGCUGGAAGAAUAAUUAUGAUAAUGCCCUCAUAUACUCCUUCUCAAGAAACUAUAACGAACAAGUAGAAAAUAAAGGAAUUGAUGUUAGUUUCAAUUUUAUAAUAUUGGAAUAUUAUAAAUAAUUAUAUUUCAAGAAGUGUUCAUUAAUCUUUACGUAUAUUUUGCAGCGAUAUUAUUUAUUAUGUAAACUGUAAAAUAUUAACGAAACAAGAGAUUAUGCUUGUUGAAAUGUGUUCUAUAUUUAAAUGACCUAAUUAAUUAAAUGUAAUACAAUUGAUCGAUUCAAAGUGAUUGCCAAAUAUGCCAUUAUGUGUUUAAAAUUUUUCGCCAUAAAUUAUAUUUUACGGAAAUUAAAUCGACCGAAUUAAAAAAAUGCUAUUUGAAAUGUAGGGAAUAUUUGUUUUAGUGUGGUGCUUGAACAAAAUCAAUGUAAUAUUGUUAUAUGAAUUUGUGUAUAUAAUAUUAUUAAAUAACGAAUUUGUUAAUUAUAUUACUGAAUAUAAUUAUAUUAUACACUUGAAAAUUA